GGCGCCCUGCACCGCCUGGCGGCCUCCCGGCCCCGCCACGCCCGGCUCUACCGCUUCCGCGCCGACCCGCCCACCACCACCAUGCAGCGCAUCAAGGGCCUCACCACCGGCUCCCUGCCCACCUUCGUCGACGUCGGCAGCAACUUCGCCUCCUACGCCAUCCGCGAGGACAACCUGCUGGCCCAGCUCGUGCGCAACGGGAGGAGAGUGGUGUUCAUGGGGGACGACACAUGGGACGGGCUCUUCCCCAAGAUGUUCUCUCGCUCCUACUUCUUCCCGUCCUUCAACGUGAAGGACCUGCACACCGUGGACGACGGCAUCCUGCAGCACCUCUACACCACAGUGGAUGGAGGGGACUGGGACCUGCUGAUCGCCCACUUCCUGGGCGUGGACCACUGCGGGCACAAGCACGGGCCUGACCACCCGGAAAUGGCCAAGAAGCUGACCCAGAUGAACGAGAUGAUCAGCUCGCUGGUGGAUCAUCUGGAGAACGACACACUGCUGCUGGUGGCAGGCGACCACGGCAUGACAGACACUGGGGACCACGGGGGAGACAGUGAGAAGGAGGUGAACGCGGCGCUCUUCGUGUACAGCAAAACGCCGCUUUUCCGAGCUGGCCCGCCAGAGGAGCCAGAAACUGUCCCACAGGUGAACCUGGUGCCCACGCUGGCCCUGCUGCUGGGUGUGCCUAUUCCCUACAGCAGCAUCGGGGAGGUGAUGGCCGACCUGUUCGAGGGGGACGGGGACGCUGUCACCGCUUCACUCAGCCAGCUUGCAGCAUAUCAUGUCAACGCCAAGCAGGUGGACCGCUUCCUGGACUCCUAUGCGCUGGCCGCCCAGGACCUGCCUGGGGACCGGCUGAAGCAACUGAAGGAGCUGUUCACCGCAGCAGCAGAGGAGCAUGCCCAGCUGCUGGCCCAGGUGCAGGAGGGCCUGGUGGCGUCACCAGAGCUGGAGGCCCAGCUGGGGCGGCUGCGCGGCCACUUCCAGCACUACCUGCGGGAGGCACGGGCUGUAUGCACAGCGUCCUGGGCCCGCUUCCACCCCUUCCGCAUGGUGGCCGGCUGCGCCCUCAUUGCCGCCUCCUGCCUGCUUUGCUACAUCGCCUCUGAGCUGGCCAACGCCCUGGACUUCUACCACCACUGCUUCUACUCGCUGUUUGGGGGCCUGCUGGCAGCUGCUCUACUGGGAUGGGCCCGCGUGGACCUGGACCCCAUCUUGGUAGUGUCAUGGGUAGCCGCAGCCUCCCAGCUGGGCUUCUUUUGGCACUGGUGGAGCCAGCGGCCGCGGCGAAUCCAUCUGGCUAGUGUCCGGCCACCGGUGGCCAGCAUGGGGCUGUGGCAGAGGCUGCGAGCGUGGCUGGGGCCGGCGUUGCCUCUGGGCAUCCUGGCCCUCCGCUGCGGUGCUAUGUUUUCAGACAGCUUUGUGAUAGCCGAGUCCCAGGUGGUCCCUUUCCUGCUGGCCUCCCUGGCCAUGCUGUGGGUGGGGAAGCUCCACUGGGACGGCCAGCUGAGCACCCCCUCAGAUGCCCCCAAGCAGCCCCCAGGCUCCCUCUCCUGCCACAAGGAGAGCUGGCCCCUGCUAGGCCUCCUGGCUGCCCUGCUGGUUUGCUUGCGCCUCUCGAGCCUCUUCCACCAGUGCCGUGACGAGGUGCCGCACUGCCAGCCCUCGCCCUGCUUGGCGCCACUGUCCAGCCUGCGCAGCCCCCAGGCCAAGAACCUCUGCUACCUCCUCUGCGUAGCCUCGCUGGUCGGACUGGUGUAUGCAGUACGGCGCUGGCUGCGCCACUACGGCAACCUCAACAGCACCAGCCCCCUGGUGCUCUUCGUACGCUGGGGCUUCCCGCUGACGGCCUUCUGCAUUGCCUGCUACUGGGCUGUCACCUCGGGCACCGAGGACACGCUGGGCAAGCUGCAGGAGCUGGUGCAGGCCGCGCUGGUCACCUUCCCUCGUGCCGUCUACGGGCUGGUGGCUGCUGGGCUGCUGCUGGUGCUGUGGAAGCCGGUGACGGUGUUCGCCCAGGACAGUCGGGCUGCAGCCGGACCCAUUGUGACCCCCUUCCAGGGGGCACCCAGCUCCGAAGCCGACCUGCUGCACGUCAUCUCACAAAUCUACCGGAGGAUGCAGGAGUCCCUGAAUAGUCGGCUGGAGGGUGGGAGUCGGUGGGCAGCAGUGGCUGCCUAUGGGCUGGGCAGCGUGUACUCAGCUGCCCUGGUCAUCACCCUCACGCUGCUGGGCUUCUUCCUGCUGCUGCUGCACAGCGAGCGCAUGAGCCUCUCCUUCCUGCUCCUCUUCCUGGAGGCCUUCAUACUGCUACGGCUCCAUGUGUCUGCUAUGAGCCUGGCCGGCGAGGCGGAGCCCUUCGUGGUCCCCUGGAACGCGGUGAUCGCCUGGGUCCUCGCCACCGCCCAGUUCUUCUAUUCCACAGGCCACCAGCCCAUCUUCCCCGCCAUCCACUGGAACGCGGCUUUCGUGGGCUUCCAUGAGGACCAUGCCACCCACCUGGUACCUGCCCUGCUGGUGGCUGCCAACACCUUUGCUUCCCACAUCCUCUUUGCAGUUGGCUGCCCCCUGCUCCUGCUCUGGCCGUUCCUGUGUGAGACACCCGGCUCCCGGCGGAAGAGGCUGAAGAAGGACCCUCAGGAUGAGGAGCAGGAGCCGCUCAUGGAGAUGAGGCUGCGGGAAGCCCCGGAGAGGUUCUCGGCCGUGCUGCUGCAGCUGGGGCUCAAGUACCUCUUCGUCCUUGGCAUGCAGCUCCUGGCCUGUGUCUGCACCGCCAUGAUCCUCAGGAGGCAUCUCAUGGUCUGGAAGGUCUUUGCUCCCAAGUUCCUCUUCGAGGCGCUGGGCUUCGUGGUGAGCUACGUCUGCCUCCUGCUGGGCAUCUCCCUGGUGCUGCGUGUGGACUGUGCCAUCAGUGCCUGGUACAGGCAGCUCGAGCCCAGGUAGCAGCUGAGCCGCUGGGAGGGAGCAGGGAGCCCAGUGCAUCUGUCCCCUCCCUGCCGUGUGCCCUGCCUUGGCUGCUCCUGCUUCCCUGCCGUGGGGGGCUGCAGGCCGGCUUUCGCUCGCAGAGUCCACGAGCACAGAGCUGGGUGUCUUUGCUCCCUGCACUGGGGCUGGAGGCCGGCUGUCUGCCCUGGUGAUUGAGGGACCAGCUGGGUGGGGGAAGGACACAUCAAGCCUGUCCCUGAGCUGAUCAGUAAAGGGCAGUGCAGCCUGCAGUGGCCGCCAUGGACCGGCCAGACUUUUGAAGAGGGGGACCUGUGCAGCGCAUGCAGCUUGGGAACUGCAUCCCCAGCCUGGGCAGCAGCUGCCCCUAUGAGACUGCCACCCCUGUCUGCUGCCCGGGCUGAGCUCUGCCCCCACCAGCCCCUUUCCUCCUUGUCUUCCUCAGCCCGUGGAAGGGCUCUGCAUGUGUGCACCCCUGGGUCUGUGUGCAUGGGUGUGUGCAUGGGUUUGUAGCUGGAGGAGGCACAGGGUGGCAGGGCCCAACCGUGGUCUGUGUGGCGCUGCUUCUCGAGAUGCAGCUCAGUUGGUGGGGGAGGGGACAGCCGGGUCGAGGCCAGUGUGCCCUGGGCAAGGCCCUUUCUGAACCAGCAACCCCUUCUCCACCUCCUCAGAUCCCAAACCAGCCCCAACCCCCAGCUCUAGAGCCCCCAGCGGGGCUGUCUGAUAAGUCAUAUCCGCCUGGGUAGGGCAGCAGUGGGCUGGGGUCUUCUCUGGCAGGGCUUGGCCUGGUCUGUCUGAGCAGAGGGAACUCCUGGGUGCUGUGAAGCUAGGCUGUAACCCCCGUGCCCAGGCAACUCCCCCAGACCCCUUCCCUUUGCCUGCUGCCACUGUUACUCCCGGAGGUGGCACCUUGCUCUCCGCUUAGCCCUGCAACAGCUCCUCGGUGGUCUUGGCCCUUGCCAUCUCCCCCUGCGGUGGGGAAACGAUCCUGGAAGCUGUACAGGGCAGGACAGGGCUUGGAAGGGGCUGUCUCUGCUGGCGGGACCCAUGGAGUUGCCCACUUGGCCCACCCCCCACACGACUUGCUGACACUGCUGGGGAGACCAGCCAGGUCUGGCUUCAGCUCCACAGCUGUGCCCACGAGCGUGUGGUGCAGCCAAGGGGCCCCUCUUGCCGUGGCCGCAGUGCUCAGCUCUUCGCAAGGGGGUUGAGCUCUGCACUUGACCUCUGGCGGGCAAUGCACAGGCUCACCUGCUACAGGGCUGUUCUCUGCGGUGCCCAGCUGCUCCUUCAGCCCUUGCACGGGGUGAGCAGGGGCCGCUCUGAGCAUCUUCCUCUGCAGUGUGGGAGCUCCUGUCACCGCGUGCAGCCGCUGCCUGACCUCUGCCCAGCCUCAGCAGACGGUACUGGGAGCUCUGAGGCUGUGGCUGGCCUGACAUCCCUGCUGCUGCCGGGACUGUGCUGUGCUCUCCCCUUCCCAGCACAACUCGGAGCCCUGUUCAUUAAGGCUUUCAUUAGACGGCCAAGCCCUCUGCGACCUUGGUCUGGGACCUCGGGGCACCUGGCACAUGUGAGUGAGCACCGCCCCCAGCGCGCCUGCUCCCAUCAGGGCUGGAUUACCCCACACCCAGGGCAUGCGUAGCUGCGACUUGGGCACAGCCAUGUAAGGAAGCAGUGGCUGAACCCAGAAGUCUUGGCUCCACAAGACCCUGUUCUUGUCCCCACCGCUUUGCUAGCAGGUGCCAUGUCCCAGGUUCUCUCCACCCCCCUGGCUUGGGGGAGAGUCCUGUACAACUGACCUGGACUCUUAAACUCCAUGUUAGUUAGGCUCUUUAGGGGUAUGAGCGCUGACGUGGGAGCUCAGGCUCCCCAGUUUCCCCAUCAGUGUAACGGGACCCCUCACCAGAAGGGCUCCUUAGACCCUGCAGUCGUGCCAAGAAGCCCCCAGCUGAAAGGGGGCCCUGUUGAGCCAGUCCCUCCUGAGAGGCGGACUAGGCUUCCACACCAAAGGCCUUAAAGCCCGGCGGUUGUGCAGCACACCAGGAGCCAAGACUGCACUCGUUGCUCGUGGUAUUGCCUAGCCUCCCCCUGAGCCUGCUGGCUGCCUUGGGAGACCACAGGCAGUCUCCGCUGAGCCUGGGGGCACAGGGUGCCAAUUGCUGCCAUGAAAUUGGCUGCACUGCUGAUUUAAGCUCUGGGGCUGACAUGCAGAGGAGUGGGGCAGUGGGCCAGCCACGGGCAGGGCUGAGCAUCCUCCGGAGCAUCGUGCUGCUGCUGUCCUACUGCCAGCUUUCACCCGUCCCUGAAACAGGGGGAGAAGUCCCUGCAGAGACCCCCAAGCAGAUCCAGGCUUGCCCCCAGGCAGGGGUGGCAGUGGGUGAGGACUUGGGGCAAGGCCCAGUUUCCUUGUGGGUGUCUGUGCGCUGUCCCCCAAGGCACCGCUCGCAGAGACCCCCUGUUUUUGGGGUGCAGGGGCAGCCUGUCCUGGGCUCUCCAGAUGGGCCGGGCUGGUACCGGAUCCUGCAGUCGCGGCUAGAUGAUGCAUUUCAGUGCAUUCCUCAGCCCGUUCGGUGAUGCUGGAAGGGUCUUUUCACAUCCUCAGUUUGCUACUUGCCGGUGCCUGCAGAAUAGGGCCAGUCCUAGCCUGGCCACUGCUGCCCGCUUUGCUCUGGUAGUGGGUGGCCGGAUGCUCCUUGGCAGUGACCCUGCCUGGCCAUGGCGGGCUCUGUCCAUCUGCACAGGAAUGACUCCAUCGCAGCCCCUCCCCGGUGCAUGCCCAGCUGCCAGCAGGGAUGGCUGGGAGGUCUUGGUGCGUGCCUAGUUUGUACAGCCUGCAAAUCUGCAGGGAUCCCGCUCCCCUGCAGGCCUGGGAUCCGUGCCAAAUAGGACUAACCCCAGGCCUCUGUCCUGCCUGGCUCAUGGCACCAAGGCCUGAGAUUUGCACUGAUUCCCCGGGGUGGCGGAUCUCAGCACUCAGCCCCUUCCCUUCUGCUCAUUCCUUUCUGCGAAAUGGUUUGACCAUCUUUGCAAAGUGCUCACCUGGCCGCUGCUGCCCCAGGGAGAAGCCAGGCAGGCCAGUGCGCAAAGUCCACAGCUAGGGACCAGGAGUCACUCGUCUCCUGGCUGGGGAGCAGCACAGGGCACCUGCUUCUGCCUUUGCAUGCCUCGAGUUCCCUGUUGCUCUGCCGCACUUUGAGAGCUCUGCAUGCAGCUGGCUGCCGAGGGGCUGCGCUUUCCCGGGCAGCUCUCAGUAUCCGCUUGUCCCUUCCUUUGCUCCUGCGGUGACCAAACCCCCUAGGGGGAGGUGAUUCCUGUGGCUGCCAAUGAGAGGGUCCUGGAUGGGCGAGGUGGCUGCAACCUGCCCCAUCCGGGCUCCACCCUGGGCUGCUUCCAUCCUCCAGAGCCCUUUGGCUUGUGCUCUGGAUGGAGGGGUGAGACAUUGGUAGGCCCAGCUCUGCAACUGAGUCACUGUGACCCCCUGCAAGUCGUUUCACCUCUCGUGCCUCAGUUUUGCCUCUCUGUAAAAUGGGGAUACUACUGACCUACCUCACAAGGGGUGCCGUCAGGCAGAAUCGUCUGUAAAAUGCAUGGAGAUCCUCGCAGAUGGGGUUGGAGAAGGGUAAUUAUCAUUAAAGUUAUUUAAUUUUUCCCGAAUAAUUUAAUCGGUGGUGGGGAAGGUUUGCUUAAGGCAUUUGACUGUUGCUAUCUCCUACGCGGAUCCAGGUUGGGUAACGCAUGGUUCUGGGGCCUGGCUCCCCCCAGCUGGGCCCCCACUUGUGACCUGCCCUCCAGCAGGAGCAGAGGUAACCGACUGAGCCUGGGUCCAUGCUGCUGCAAACUCAAUCGUUGCCAAUAAAACAUGAGAUCAAAAGCAAGGAGACUCGGCAUCUUCCUACUGGGUCUGCUGGGAGCUGCCCAUCAGGGGGCCGAGGCGUUACUCGCGGGGAGGGGGCACAGUCCAAAGGAGGUGAAGGGAAGGGCGUGCAGCGGUCGCCUCACCAAUGCAGCUGCAUGCACAAAGGUCCUGUGUUAAGCUUGGAGGGGGGGAGACAGCAGGGAGCGAGGGGGCCGGGAGCAUGGCUGUGGGCACUCUUUGGGGAAGAGGGGCUCCCCUGAGGCUGCACAGCCUGCUGCCCCCAACCUAACUGCCCCCAAAACUGCAUUUAAAGUAGAAGAACCGUGACAGGGGAUUGUGAAAAGGCUCCUUACUGCAGCCUGGCCUGUCUGUGGCAGGUGAAGGGGCUCUGGCCUGGGUUAGCCCCUGCUCACGGGGUCUGUGCCGCACAGGCCAGACUCGGUGCCUGGCUGCUCCUGUCUGACACACUGAGCAGGUUGCAGAGCCUGGAGAAGGGGUGUGUCAGGCCCAGGGGAUGCAGCAGCCCCGCAGGGCCCAAUCCUGUAGUGCUGCAUGCGCCACUGCGCACGAAGCCGGACCUGCUGCAGGUCCCUGUCCUGCCUCAGCCGUUGUGGCGCUGCUGCCCCUUGCUCACGAAGCACCUCUUGCAGUGCCCGUGCCAUUGCCACCCCGUAUAUUAGGAGUGUGUGUUAAUGUGCGUGCUUGUAGGUGUAUAUUGGGGAGGGGUUAAAAGUGUGCUCUAUGUGUAUAUUGUGUGCGGGUGUAUAUUAGGUGUGGGGAGGUGUGUAGGUGUAUAUUAGGAGUGUGCAUAGGGGUAUAUUGGCUGUGUGUGAGCGUGUGUGCCUGUAUGAGUAUAUUAUGUGUGAUGGGGUAUAUUAGUUGUGUUAGUGUGUUAAUGUGUAUAUUGUGUAUAGGGGUAUAAUGGAGGUGUGUCUUAACAUGUGCACAUGAUGUAUAUUGGGGGGGUGUUAAUGUGUUGUAGGUGUAUAAGAGGUGUGUGUGCAUGGAAUCACAGACAAGGAGGAUUGGGAGGGACCUGAGGAGGUCACAUCUAGUUCAACCCCCUGCUCCAAGCAGGACCAGCCCCAACUGCAUCAUCCCAGACA